AUGGGUCUUCUGACCUUCCUCGGAAGCCUCUACAAGCUAGACACGCUUGACACGCGCUUCACCACCUCAUCGUCUGUACCCUACCAGACCAUCAUCGAUGCCCGCCAAGAUGCCGUACCCUCGAUCAGCCAGCCUCCUCCUGCAGACGGCCGUGCAGAGCCGCGCGUGCCCCCUCCACGAUGGCGCACACCGGAAUUCUACUUCUACUACGUCAUCUUCGCCCUCGCUGUCCCCUACAUGUUCUGGGUCCCCUAUACCGUCUCGAGGCCUUCGGAUCCCAGAUAUCACAAAUACGUCAAGCGCCUGUCAGAUGGAUGGGUUCCCGGCCGUAAGAUCGACAUCACCGACGCCCAAUACAACACCUUCCGUUCCAAUAUCCCGUACAUGGCCCUGCUCUUGCUGCUCCAUCCGCUUCUACGCAGGGUCUGGAACAGCCGCUACCCGGUCCUGGGCAGACUGCGCGACGUCGGGGCAGCUCGCCUCGAGCAGCGGGUCUCGUUUGACUAUGCCUUUGGCCUCUUCUAUCUCGUCGCCCUUCACGGCUUCUCGGCCCUGAAGGUGCUGCUCAUCCUCACCGUCAACCACAGGCUCGCGACGAGGCUUCCCCGACAGUACAUUCCCGUCGCCACCUGGGUCUUCAACAUCUCGGUCCUGUUUGCCAAUGAGCUGUGCACCGGAUACAGGUACGAGGCCAUUGCUCGGCUGCUGGCCCCGCCUCUAGUCUCCCUGGGCGCCUGGCUCGACGGCUACGGCGGCAUCAUGUCUCGAUGGGAGAUCCUGUUCAACAUCACCAUUCUCAGGCUCAUCAGCUUCAACCUCGAUUACUAUUGGAGUAUCGACAAGCGGAGCUCAGUUGUGCUCGAGAAGAAGCAGCUGGACCCGUCCCAGCUUUCGGAGCGGGACAGGGUGACGAUCCCGGCCGACCCCCGGGACUUUAGCAUGCGCAACUACAUCGCCUACGCCGCGUACGCGCCGCUGUACCUGGCGGGACCGAUCCUGACGUUCAACGACUACGUCUCGCAGUCCAAGUACCGGGCAGCCAGCAUCGAGAAGCCGCGGACGGUGCGGUAUGCGGUGCGGUUCCUGCUGGUGCUGCUGGCCAUGGAGCUCGUGCUGCACUUCAACUACGUGGGGGCCAUCAGCAAAUCGAAGCCCAAGUGGCGGUCGUACACGGCCCAGGAGCUGACGCUGCUCUCGUUUAUGAACCUGCACAUAAUCUGGCUGAAACUGCUGAUUCCCUGGCGCUUCUUCCGGCUCUGGUCGCUGGCGGACGGCAUCGACCCGCCCGAGAACAUGGUGCGGUGCGUGAGCAACAACUACAGCACGCAGCUGUUCUGGCGGUCGUGGCACCGGUCGUAUAACCGGUGGCUGAUCCGGUACAUCUACGUGCCCAUGGGCGGGGCCGGGUUCGGCAGCUGGCGCAAGACGGCCAAGUCGAUUGUCACGUACCUGCUCGUCUUCACGUUUGUGGCGCUGUGGCACGACAUACAGCUGCGCCUUCUCAUCUGGGGCUGGCUGAUCGUCCUCUUCAUGCUGCCCGAGUGGACGGCGUCGUAUCUGCUGCCGGCGCGGCGGUGGGAGUCGAACCCCACGGCGUACCGGAUGCUGUGCUGCGCCGGGGCGGUGGCCAACGUGAUCAUGAUGAUCUGCGCCAACCUCGUCGGGUUUGCUCUGGGACUGGAUGGGCUCCAGGUGAUACUCGAGAGGAUCGUGAAGGAUUCGUCGGGGGUGAUGUUCAUCCUCGCGUCCUGCGCGUGCCUGUUUGUGGGUAUCCAAGUCAUGUUUGAGAUUCGGCAGCAUGAGCGGCGGAUAGGGGUGACGAUCAAGUGUUAG